AUGAAAAACAUCAUUAACAAUGGCAACACAAAGCUCAUUCUUCUUCAUCCUUACAUCCAAAAACAAACAAAUCCAAAUCGCCUCUGGCUAAUCGCUCUCGUCUCGGUGUUCACCAUAGCCUCCCUGCUAACCCUAGUCUACACCCGUGAAUCCUUCCACACAACCACCACCACCACCACGACCAUCACCGCCACCGCCACCAACCACCACCACCACCACGAACCACUUCCCAAAUCGGUGAUCAAAGCCCUCAUCCACUAUGCUGCCACCGCCAACACCACAAAUCACAUGUCACAAACUGACAUCAAACAAAUCUCCGAUGUCUUAAAACAAUGCACCACCCCGUGUAACCUCCUUGUAUUCGGGCUAACGCCAGAGACCCUCCUCUGGAACGCCUUGAACCACCACGGACGGACGGUGUUCAUUGACGAAAACCGCUACUAUGCCGCCUACGUGGAGGAGAAGUUCCCGGAGAUUGAAGCUUAUGAUGUUCAAUACACCACAAAAAUAAGUGAACUUAAAGAACUUAUCACUUCCGUUCGAGAACAAACACGUAACGAAUGUCGACCGGUGCAAAAUCUUUUAUUUUCUGAUUGUAAAAUUGGAUUAAAUGAUCUUCCUAAUCAAUUAUAUGAAUUGGAUUGGGAUGUGAUUUUAGUGGAUGGUCCACGUGGAUAUUGGCCGGAGGGCCCAGGGAGUAUAUCAGCCAUCUUCACCGCCGGUGUACUUGCCCGGAGCAAAAAAGGUGGCAACCAUAAAACACAUGUUUUUGUGCAUGAUUACAAUAGAGAAGUUGAAAGAGUGUCUAGUGAAGAGUUUUUAUGUAAAGAGAAUUUGAUCAAGUCUUCUAAUGAUUUGUUGGCUCAUUUUGUGGUGGAGAGAGUGGUGGACCAAGGCGGCAGAAACCAGUUUUGUAACAGCCAUCCGGCGGCAUCCUAG